AUGGUUAUAUUGAGUCUAAAAUUAGUGAAGAAAGCAAAUGGAAAUAUUUCACCAAUUAAAUGUCGAAUAUCUGAUACGCAUUUAUUUAGUUUAUUACAAUUAAUGAAAACAGUUCUAUAUCCACAAACAUUUCAUCAAAAACAAGACCAAAUUGAUACUAUUUUGUUAUGUGCAUUAUUAGAUUUAAUAUAUUAUACAGACGAAUUUUCACAUAUUUUAUUUGAAAUAAUUGAAAUACCACAUACGGAUGAUGAACAAUGUCCAAUAGCUUCUUGUGAACGAUUUUGCUUUGAAAUGACAACUGAUCUUGAUGAAACAAGAUUACAAGUAUUUUUUCUACCAGUUAAUGUUUAUGCCGAAGAUUCGAUUGUCAGAAAUAAAACAGAUCAACAUUUAUCUACUAGAUGUCUUCAAUUAUCUAGUUUAAGUAUUCGUGGUCAUGCAAUGCUUUCACAUGAAGGUUUACCACCUGAACGUGAAACACUUGAAUAUGCUGGGCAAAUGGAAAUUAUACUUGAUAGUAUCUCAGCUCGUUUAACAACAAAUCAAUUAGAAAAAACCUUAGGUUUUGUUAAAAAACUUUAUUUACAAAUAAUGGAAGAUGAAUAUACUCUUACUCUUGGAAAUGCUGUUAAUGUUCAAAUAGCACCUAUUUGUUUAUGUAUGUGCAAUAUGCAUACAUCAUUAUGUAAUGAAAGUUUAACAUUAAAAAACCUAGUUCAAAAAAGUGUCCGUGAAUCACGUAUUAAUGCAAAAUUUGAAUAUCAUCCACCAACACCUGCUACAACAAAUGAACAAUUAGAGUUUCUUCGUCGAGAUUAUCAACAUUCUCAACGACCUCAUUUUCUUUAUAAUCCUAAAUCUCAACAAACAUUAAAUAUUCCAACAAUAUCAACAAAUUUAAAACGUCCAUCUUAUGUUGGUUUAGCAACAAAUUAUUAUACACUUGUGCAAGAUGAAUAA